GUUUUUUGAACACUUCCAGGGGUGGCGGUUCUACCGUGUCCCUGGGCAGCCUGUUCCAAUGCCUGACCACCCGUUGGAUGAAGAAAUUUUUCCUAAUAUCCAACCUACGCCUCCCCUGGCGCAACUUGAGGCCGUUCCCUCUUGUCCUGUAGGCUGUUACCUGGGAGAAGAGACUGACCCCCGCCUCGCUACAGCCUCUCGUGUCAGAAGCAAUAGAACAGAUCACAAAGCCUUGCUCCCUAAUGAGCUCUGUUGUAUGGAAAUGUCUAGUGAGCGGGUGCAUGCUAAAGCCUCUCCCUAACAGCAUUGGGACUGGCUGAUGGCUCCUGCAGCUGCAAGGUAGAGCACAACUUACUCCUCUUAGUUGCAUUCGUUAGGCUCUUGGUGUGCUGCAGACCUUGAACUCGUGCUUUGUGAUGCAUGCAGCACAGCGCUGAGGAGCGCUCUGGGUGCGUGUGGGUUUGUCGCGGUACGAGUAGCGAUGUGCACGUGAAAGGAUAUGUUUCUUUUUGGUGUAGGGGUAAAGCAGCUUGGUUGUGAUCAACGUGUGCUCUCGGUCCGCUCGUGGAAGAGCGGAGGUAGGGAAGUGUCGUUCUCGGAAACACAGACUGAGUACAAUGUGUACGAAGACGGUGCACCUGCACACCCAACUGAUGCUGUACUUCACUAACUGGAGGGUUUGCUCAUGCGUUCUUCACCAGAGGGGAAAGUAGACAAAAAUCUCUUUCAUCUUCAAAUCGGUUUAACAUUGGCUGGGAUCAAACCCACUAAAAUCAAUUAGCUGAAGUACAAUGUUACCACAGAACAUCACAGUUGGCUUCAGGUUGUGCUGGUGCCUUAAAUGUGUGUUUUCUCCUUCACUCUUUCUGAAUUUCUUCUUGUUUUAACUCUGAAUGUAUGCCUGGAUCUGUGGGUAUCAGCAAGAGCUCUGUAAAACUUUUUGUCCUGAAAUUGUACCAAUAGUUAGUUUGGUUGUAUUUUAUGACCCCUGUUUGGUGUUUAUGAAAUCACAGCCAAGUUUAGUAUAUUUUAGGAGCUGAGUAAAACGGUAGUUAGAAAUUGAAAAUUAUUCAAUUGUGUUUUGUAAAUGGGGAGAGAUUAUCAGGUUCUUGAUUUGGUAUCAUAUUUCAUAUUUUUAUGUUGUUCAUAUUUUGUGGUGAAGGAUUUCUCAGCCAAUUUAAACUAAGAUGUAGGGAUUAGAUUUGUGAGUGCUUCUAGGGGCAUGAGAAGUGUCCAGAGACGAGGGUUCAGCUAUGUGACGUGUGAAAUGCCAAAGAGACAGGCUGGAGCGUUUCCUCUCCUGCCAAGUAGAUUUCAGAGAGGAAAAGAGAGAGAGAGAGAAUGUAAGCAAACCUGAGUAAAUGCUGAGCUCUGUGGCUGGCAAUUAAUAAAACAGGGAGGAUGAAUGAGCCAUACUAUGAAGGAGCCCAGAAUUUCUAUACAUCUGACCUCAAGAAACCUACACCGACAGAAGUGAAUUUUUGGCCGUGCACUGGAAGGAGCAGCAGCAGCUCUGGAAUUUCCUUUUCUUGCCCACGUGUCUGUCUUUGCCUCUCCUUGUUGUGCCUGAUAGACAGUUUGCUGGGGCAUCCUCAGUGUCUGGAUUAUGGGCCACCUUUCCAGCCCCCUUUUCACUUGGAAUUCUGCUCUGCCUAUGGAGAUUUUGGCUGCUGUGACCAGGAGAGAGACAACACCAUUGCAGCAAAAUACUGGGACAUCAUGGAUUAUAUUGGUCCCUGGGAAAAUAAGCUGUGUGGAACGUAUAUCAAAGAUAUCUUAUGUCAGGAAUGUUCUCCAUAUGCUGCACAUCUCUAUGAUGCAGAAAACCCUCGGACACCUCUAAGAAGCCUCCCAGGACUUUGUUUUGACUACUGCUCUGAGUUUCAUUUUAACUGCCACUCUGCCAUCAGCCUGCUGACAAGUGAUAAGCGCAUCCAAGAUUGCUGCGAGACAAACAAGACACGCUUUUGCAACCUCAUUCAUCUGCACGAUGAGGACUACUGCUUCCCCAAUGUUCUGAAGAACACAGCCCUCAACCACAACCUGGGCUCGGUGGUGGAGGACCGCAAAGGCUGCCUCCAGCUCUGUCUGACUGAGGUUGCCAACGGCCUGUGGAACCCGGUGCUCAUGGUGCAUGCAAAUGACCAUACCCACCGCGUGUUCAUAGCUGAGCAAGUGGGAGUGAUCUGGGUCUACCUCCCUGAUGGCAGCUGGCUGGAGGAGCCCUUUCUGGAUAUUAAGAAUAUAGUGCUGGCUACGUCGUGGAGAGAAGAUGAGAGAGGCUUUCUGGGGAUGGCUUUCCACCCCAAGCACAAGUACAAUGGGAAAUUUUAUAUCUAUUACUCGUACAUGGAUGAGAACCAAGUGAAAAAGAUCAGGAUCAGUGAAUUGAAGGUUUUGGCAUCUGAUGCCAACAGAGCUGAUCCAUGCUCAGAAAGGAAUCUUCUGGAGCUUGAGGAACCAGCUGCAAAUCAUAAUGGUGGGCAGCUGCUCUUCAGUGUGGAUGGCUACAUGUACCUAUUCACUGGGGGUGGAGGGAAGGCUGGAGACCCUUUUGGAAAACUUGGGAAUGCUCAAAACAAGAGUACUUUGUUGGGGAAAGUCUUAAGGAUUGAUGUGGAUGGAAAAAGCCCUGAUGGAAAGCCUUAUCGCAUCCCUCCUGAUAAUCCGUUUGUGUCUGAUCCCAAGGCCCGCCCUGAGGUUUAUGCUUAUGGGGUCAGGAAUAUGUGGCGCUGUGCAGUUGACAGAGGGGACCCUGUCACGGAAAAGGGAAGAGGGAGGAUCUUCUGUGGGGACGUCGGGCAGAACAGGUUUGAAGAAAUCGACAUCAUUGUUAAAGGAGCAAAGGAAGGAUUUGAAUGCUAUGACACAAAGCUUUGCCACAAUUCCUCUUUGGAUGACAUCCUUCCGAUAUUUGCAUAUGGCCGCAACGUGGGGAAGUCAGUUACUGGAGGUUAUGUAUACAGAGGAUGUGAAUCGCCCAAUUUGAAUGGCCUUUAUAUUUUUGGUGAUUUCAUGAACGGUCAACUUAUGGCUUUGCGGGAAGAUGAGAACAAGUGGAAGAAGCAAGAUAUCUGCAUUGGCAGCACAAGAGCUUGUGCUUUCCCUGGAAUGAUCAGUUCUUACAGCAAAUUCAUCAUCUCAUUUGCUGAGGAUGAAGCAGGUGAGCUGUAUUUUAUGUCUACUUCUUAUCCCAGUGCCUAUGUACCACAUGGAUCGCUCUACAAGUUUAUUGAUCCUGCAAGGAGAGCUCCACCCGGGAAGUGUAAAUACAAGCCUGUUCCUGUGAAAACAAAGAGUAAACGGAUACCAUUUGUUCCACGUGCAAAGACUGUCCUUGAGCUGCUUAAUGAACCUUCAACAACCAAGCCUCCAAAAAUAUCUUCUACCUCCACUGCAGCCGUCCCACCAGUUUCUUCCAAGAAAGCUAAAAAGACCCCACCCACCAAAACAAAAGCAUCAACAGUGAAAUCGGCUCCGUCUGGUAAAAAGAGGCAAAAAAUCAAAGCUGAGGCUAAAUCUCGCAAGCCAAAGCGGGAAGAGAAGGUUGCACACGUUUCUAGAACUACACCAGCAACACCUUUGUCAAAAAGGAAGAGCUCAUACCUAACCAGAACCAAGAAGCCUCUUCCAAAGAAGGCAGCACCAGCUAAGGAAGAACUGGGAAAGAAGGAGGAGAGCAGGUUAAGCAGCCACUUUUGAAGCUCAGUGAUGUCCCAGAAAAAGUGACUUAUAAGAUGGUGAAACGAAUGUUUUGAAUAGUGGCCAAAUCAAAGGGAAUCAGCUGACUUGCUAUGCCAGUGCUCCCAGGUGUGCCUCCUUUAAUGUCAGUGCUAGCAGCCUCUAUGCAUGUUCUAUUAAACCUCAACAGCACCAGCCUCCUAAUAUUAGCUUUCUUUGCAAAUCCUGCCAUGAUGUCCUUUUUCUGACAUAAGUAGUUAUGAGGACAUUCACUGGUAAGAUUUGGCUGUGUAUGGCUGUCUAAUAAAUCCAAGUGC